UGUUGGAUUGUUUAUCGUGCGGUGAUUGUUUUAUUUUUGUCUAACCCUGAUUAAUAACUGAAUUUUUAUUUGAAUAUUCAAUUAAUGUGGCGGGUCAUUGUAAUUUUUUUAAAGUCAAUUUUCUUCGAUUUUGACAUUCAUCCGAGAAAUUAACACUUUUCAUUCAUAUUGUGACUUUACGGUUACACGAGAAAUAGUUUUCUAAGAAGUUUUAAGCAAACAACACCUCGUUGUGAGGUGACCGGAUGAAAUUGCAUUUUGAUGCAUUUACUGAUAAUUUACUACGAAACGAAUUAAUCAGUUUGAGUAACAUGUAGAGUUUAAGUUUCUUUUUUUAUAAUUUGUGCAAUCAAUUUAGUACAGUUAACCAGUACUGUAAUCCGGCCACUUGUUAUAGCGGUUACAACUCUACCUUUUCUGCUACUUUGAUUCUAGAUACUCGAGUAACAUUUGUGGAACCGAUAAGUAUAUGGAAAAUAAAAUGAGCUCAGACAGUCACAUUUUAUAUGGCGGUCCCGAUAUACCUUUCAUGCAUUCCGAUGCCAAAUGUCUUGGUGAAAUGAUCCAGCGACAGUUCAACGCUAACGGAUCAAAAAUAUGCUUUGUGAACGCGGAUUCCGGGCAGACAAUGACUGUUGGCGAGCUGUAUGUACGUAGUAUUCAGCUUGCUAAAGCACUGCGACUCGAUGGCGUUGAUGCUGGAGAUGUCAUUGGAUUGUGCAGUGAAAAUAGAGCCGAAUUUCCAGUUGUCUUAUUUGCGGCACUUUUUGUUGGAGCUACAGUCGCACCAUUAAAUACCAGUUACAUUGAAGAUGAACUCAUACACGCCCUGAGCUUGUCAAAACCGAGUAUUGUCUUCGCAACCUCGUUCACUAUUGGUAAAAUAGUUCAAGCUGCAUCGAAAUCAUCAUUCAUCAGUAAGGUGAUCUGUUUGGACGAUAAACAGCCGAACAGAGCCGUCACAAAGUAUAGCAAAUACGUUAACGUUACAAAAUCAUCGAAUGAAAAAUUCGCCUGCAAACCGGUGGAUAUAAAUUCAAAUAUUGCGCUCAUUUUAUGUUCGUCGGGGACGACAGGACUUCCGAAAGGUGUUCAACUUACUCAAGCUAAUUUAUGGGGAGCGGUGUCACAGUUACACGACACCUUCAACUUACUAAAAGAUGUAUUGGACGGUGGCAUUACUAUUCUAUCCAUUAUACCAUGGUUUCACGCUUACGGUCUCCUGACAACGAUCGGUAUGGCCAUUUGUGGAGCUAAACUCGUAACAUUCCCCAGAUUUAAUGAAAAGAUCUUCUUGAAGUCAAUUGAGGCAUACAAAGUAAAUGUACUGAUGGCGGUGCCGCCGUUGAUGUUAAUUCUAGCCAAACAUCCAUUGGUAUCGAAGUACGAUCUCUCCAGUUUGCUGGUCAUUUUCUGUGGUGCAGCCCCAUUGAGUAAAGAGAUUGAAGAUGAAGUGUACAAACGAAUCGGUGUUCUGGCCAUCCGGCAAGGAUUCGGCAUGAGUGAAAUGACAUUGAGUGUUCUAUCACAAGACCAAGAGCAUUGUUCAUCGGGAAGCGUGGGUUGCUUGCGUCCCGGAAUGUAUGGUAAAGUAAUUGACCCGGACACUGGAAAGAUAUUGGGACCGAACGAACACGGUGAACUUUGUUUCAAAGGAUCGGCGGUGAUGAAAGGUUACAUUGGUAACCAGCAAGCUACCCAACAGACAAUUGACGACGAUGGCUGGUUGCACACUGGUGACAUCGGAUAUUUUGACGACAAUCACGAAUGGUUCAUUGUCGACCGGAUUAAAGAACUGAUCAAAUAUAAGGGUUUUCAAGUGCCUCCAGCCGAUGUAGAAAAAGUAUUGUUGACACAUCCAGAUAUAAUGGAUGCAGGUGUUGUUGGUGUACCGAAUGAAGCUGCCGGCGAGCUACCAAUGGCAUUCGUUGUCAAAAAACGAAAUGCUAAGCUAACGGAAAAAGACGUUAUCGAUUAUGUAGCAGAAAAAAUGUCCCAUGCUAAACGUCUUCAUGGCGGUGUCAAGUUCAUAAAGGAGAUACCAAAAAAUAUGAGUGGAAAAAUUUUGAGACGUGAACUGAGGAAAUUGGUUACUGACGGAAAAUCGAAACUUUAAAAUUGAGCGAAUGUUGACUUCAUAUAUUCACAAAUUAGCGGAUUUUUUUUUUUAAUUAUAAAGAUUUAUUUAAGGAUUUCACUUAUAUUAGCGGAAUUAGUUUAAAUUAUAAUGUUUUAAGUAUUUUGGUUGAAAGCUAUCUAUGUUCCUAUUAUUCUAAUCGCGGGGUGAGAUGUCUGGUGAUAAUUUUUAAUCUGAACGUCGAGUGGAAAGUCGAAAAAUUUACUGUUUCUAUGCCUAAUUUUACCCCAUCGUCAUCAGAAGAGUGUAACCUAGCUUUCAGUUGAGCGUGGAAUAGAGAUAGCUUCGCAAGA